AAACACCUCUGCUCCUUCUUUUUUUUGCUAUGGAGGAUUCGAGUUCGAAUCAGAAUCCGUGCCAAUCAGAUAUCUCAAUAUCUGCGAAGAAGACGGAUUCAUUUCAAAAGUCGUUAGAACCGCCGCCGUGUUCUCCGGUGAAAUCUUCUCAAGAAUCAGCGACGGAAGUCACGCCGCCGCAGAAACUACCGCUUCAUCGAUUUAAUCACAAUCAAGUUCAGAAGAACCAAUCAGGGAAGUAUCGAGUGAGCAAGCAGAGUGAAUUCGAAUCCGUAGAGAAUACUCCAAAUAAACAACAGAAACAUUGCAAUUGUAAAAACUCCAAGUGCUUGAAGCUGUAUUGUGAAUGCUUUGCUUCGGGGUCUUAUUGUAAUGGUUGUAACUGUUUGAAUUGUCACAACAAUUUGGAGAAUGAGAGUUCAAGACAAGAAGCUAUCACCGCGAUCUUAGAGCGUAAUCCGGAUGCGUUUAAGCCCAAGAUUGCUGGUAGUCCUCUUGGAACGAAAGAUUUGCAGGAGAAUGUGCGGCAAAUGCUUCUUGGAAAGCACAGUAAAGGAUGCCACUGUAAGAAAUCAGGAUGCCUUAAGAAGUACUGUGAGUGUUACCAGGCGAACGUUUUAUGUUCGGAGAAUUGUAGAUGUCAAGAUUGCAAGAAUUUUGAAGGAAGCGAAGAAAGAAAUGCUCUUGUUCAUGGACCUCAGGUAUCGGAUUCCUACAUACAACAGACGACCAAUGCGGCUGUUAACCGCGCCAUCGACAUGUCUGGUUAUCUAAACCCUCCUGAUUCAAGAAAGAGAAAGAACAAGGACGCUUCACAUUCUUUAGCAGUUUCACCCGUUGUCCGAAAUCAGAUGGCAAAUCGUGUUAUAAGAUAUGGUGACACCUCUCUAUUUUCACUCCCUAACACCAAGGCGGUAUCGGGAUCUACCACAUGUGCUUACAGGUCCUCUCUGUCAAAUACCAUCCAACCACAUCAUGUCAGAGAGCUAUGUUCACUUUUGGUCUCAAAAUCAGUGGAUGUAGCAAAGAAAUUGUCAGGCGCCAAAUGUGAAACAGACAAAGGGAGGAAGUACGACAAAGACCCAUCAGUUGCUCCAGCCCAAAGACAUGCUAAUGAGAUCAAUGAUUCUCCAGAUUGUGUCCUUGAUGCUAAUAGAAUGAACGAGAAGCCUUUAUCUCCAGCAACACGUGCAUUGAUGUGUGACGAAGAACACGAGAUGGUAUCAGAGAAAGAUACGUUGACCAGAGUGAAAACAAGCCAAGAGAAAGAAGACACAAACACAAGCUCGGAGAUUUACUUAGAACAAGAAAAACAGAUUUUGUCAAGCUUCAGGGACUAUCUCAUUCAGCUUUCAAACCGUGGGAGCUUAAAUGGAAAAAAUAUCAAAGCCAAUACAAAUCCAAGUUGAAAGGAACGAGAAGAUGAAGAGCGAGUCAAGUUUAGGGGUAAUAAUACUUAGGAAAAAUUUCUGACAAAAACUUUAGAAUCUAACUCAUUUUUUUAGCAUAUGAUCUAUGUGACAUUUUGAAUAGAAAAAAUAAUAAAAUUUAUUCAUAAUUUAAAAAUGUUAUGAAGCUUUUUUUU